ACCUCUCACGGGCUCGUGUGACUUGAGAGCAGUGGCUACGCACCCAACCACCGCAAGCCGACUGGACGUGCAUGAUGCCAGGCCCAAAACUGAGAGCCCCAAGAUUGAUCGGCCUUGUAAGCUCAUAACCCGACCAGUCGCAGUGGCGAGAAUUGCGAAGCGCUUCAAUCGAACAGAUCUUACUGCACCAAGAAUCAGCGGACUCGAGCCCAGCCUUUCAAUCGCAAUACGGCAUUGUCACAACUACUGCUAGACGUAUCAAUUAAAACACGAGCGUCCUAAAUUUACCCCAGCGUUUCUCCACGACCUUUUCUCAGCUUGUCACUCAAGUCUACAUCGCUCUCUUUCCGUCCAGAAUGCUCUUCUCUACCAUGGAGAAUGAGAACUCCGUUCCUGAGAUGCUCGGCACACUGAGGGAAAAUGGAACCACUGCUGCAUCAUCUUCCCUUCUCACUCCCGAGAAUUGCGAAUCGAGCUCCCGAAUCCGGGCAUUUCUCCGCCUAUCCAGGAUUGCAUCAGAUGAUACCAUCAGACAGCAUUUAAACGAAAUCAAUACCACUGAUUGUGACAGGUAUUUUGCCGAAGAAAUUGUUCCCCAAUGGCAAGCAAGAUCUGAGGCUAUCCUGUUCUGUGCUGAGUUUGCCAGAGGCCUUCGAACAGAAGCAAAGUCAAAAGAGUCCACCAUCAAUGAGAACUAUGAUUUGAGAGUUGAUCCCUAUGCUCUCAAAAAUGCUCAUGAAAUUCUAGAUAACCAGUACUCACGCUGCGUAAGUGUGGAGAAUUGGGUAGCAAAUGAAGCCAACGUUGAGUCUAUCGUUCGGGAGCAAACAGCCAAGGUGUUUUCCGAAAAGUGCUACUAUAAAGAUUGGUUAAAAGCAUUUAGGAGUGUGACCAGAAAUUCAAAAACCCUGUAAAUAAUUCAAUGAACACUCAUAUUAUGAAUGUAUAUAUAUAUAGAGGAAAAAGUUCGUUGUGGGACA